ACCAUUUGAGCUAAUCCCCCUGUAUUAAGAAGAGGGUAUGUGAUUUCUUGGUAUGUCAUCGUCAGCGCCUGUACUACAUUGAAAUGAUUCCGGCGGAAGUUUAGUGGCGAGGCCCCGUCGACAAAGAAAAAAAUGGCGAGUGGAGUCGGGAAACACAAGAUGCUGUCCGUUGGCCCGACGGAACCGUGGUCAUUGAGGGAGAAACUAUGCCUAGCCUCCUCUGUUAUGAGAAGCGGAGACCAAAACUGGGUGUCUGUCAGCAGAGCCAUCAAGCCUUUCUCAGAGCAAGGCCGCCCUCCAGACUGGUUUUCUCAGAAGCACUGUGCCUCUCAGUACUCUGAGCUGCUGGAGACCACAGAGGCUCCAAAGCGUAAGCGUGGGGAAAAGGGUGAGGUGGUGGAGACCAUCGAGGAUGUAAUCGUUCGACGACUUACUGCCGAGAGGAUAGAGGAGCUGAAGAAACUACUGAGAGACACACAGGACAAAUACAGGAAGCUGAAGAAGGAGGUGGAUCUGAUCCAGACCGGACAUCUGGACUCCCGGCUGGAGGAUCUGUGGACAGAAGUAUCACAGAAAAAGAAGCAGGAUGAGGAUGAGGCAGAUCUUAAGAAGAAGGCCACAGAUAUAGCCUAUCAGGCUCGCCAAGCGGUUAAGAACACACCCAAGCGGGUGCCCAGUGUCACUGUACGCUCCCCUCUGGGUGCCAGUCCCACGAGCAUGGAGGCACAGACAGAUACCCCCACACCCCCAACAGACACAACCAUGCCCCAGGCAGAGGAGACCUCUGGCACUAUUGUGGCCCAGGGGGUGGCUGUGUUUCUACCAUCGUCGGAUGCUCCAAUGGUGCUGCCUAAGGAGGGAAGCCUUGGGUCUCUGGUAGAUGACUCCCCACAGAAGAGGCUCCUUAGUCAGAAGUCCACGCCGCCUCCCUCCCCUCUCCUCUCAGAGCUGCUGAAGAAAGGAAGCCUGAUUUCUGCUAGCCCCAGACUGGUGGUGGAGGGGGAUGUUGCUGCUGCAGGACUGGCUAAUGGAGGAGUUCCCACUACAACCCUUGAUAUGCCAGCAGGCUUUGAGGUCGCCAGCUCCGUCGGAGAGGCGGUAGUGAAAGCAGAGCAGGGUGAGGAGUUGGAGCUAGUGAAGGAGGCGGGGCUAGUGGAGGAGGACCUGGUAGCUGUUUCCUACAUGGGGGAUGAGCUGGACCUGGAGACAGUCGGAGACAUCAUCGCCAUCAUAGAGGAGAAGGUGGAUGACUCUGUGGAGGCUCUAGAUGCUGCAGCAGUGGAGGCUGCUCUCUCUCUCUGUGAGGAGGCUGUUUCUGCCGGCCACUCCCUCUCAGGCCCCUGGGAGGCCCAUGACUUGAAGUCCUCAGAGCCUGGGCCCACGGUUCAGUCUGACCCCACACAGGGGCUUCAGGGUGGAGCGGGAGCUAACCCUGGGGUCCUGGAGCCAGAUACAGAGAGUGGAAGGGGGGAAGCCAAGGAGGGAUUAGAAACAGUGGGGACAGACAUUGCUCCUUCUGUUGCCGCUGACGACAGCCUGGCAGGAAGUGAGGUCACAGAGGAAGGAGUUCUCACGGUGGAAGGAAGCCUGAGCACAGCUGUGAAGACUGAGAUUGAGGAGUGGACCGAGCCAGAACCAAACACACCCUGCCUAGACUCAGAAGAUAGUUCUGGAUCAGGGAAAGAGUCCAAGGAAGUGAAGGAUGAGGAUGAAGGGAGCGACGGGGAUCCUGAUGAAGAGGUGGAGAUGAAAGAGGAGUGUGGAGAGGGGGAGGGGCCCUACCUAUCAGAAGUAGAACCGGCAGCCAGUGAGAGUGAGGAUGGCUAUGGCCCCUCCUCCCAACGCUACACCACAGCUGAUUCGCUAGCCAGCAGCCCCGCCUCUUCUCAGUUCUCGAUAUGUGGGGAGGAUCAGGAGGCCGUUCAGGCUCAGAAGAUCUGGAAGAAAGCCAUCAUGCUGGUGUGGAGAGCAGCAGCCAAUCACAGGUAUGCCAGUGUGUUCCUCCAGUCUGUGUCUGAUGACAUCGCCCCUGGUUACCACAGCAUUGUACACAGACCCAUGGAUCUGUCGGCCAUCAAGAAGAGUAUCGAGGCGGGUCAGAUCCGUACGACAGCGGAGUUCCAGCGUGACAUCAUGCUGAUGUUCCAGAACGCGGUGAUGUACAACAGCUCUGACCACGAUGUGUUCCACAUGGCCCUGGAGAUGCAGAGGGACGUUCUAGAACACGUGCAGCAGUUUCUGGCCACUCAGCUCAUCAUGCAGACCUCAGAGUCCUCUAUCUCCACCAAGAGCCUCAGAGGCCGCGAGGGGGGCCGCAAGCCGGGGGAGCCAGUGGAGAAGGACAGUGUCCCAAUGGCCUCUCCCGCUUUCCUUCUCUCUCUUUUUGACGGGGGCACCAGAGGGCGCCGCUGUGCAAUUGAAGCAGACAUGAAGAUGAAGAAAUAACCGGAGUCAAAAGGCAGUAGGGUGCCAAUGAGACUUUAUGUAGGGAUUGGACGAUUUAAACCAGGGAAUGUUUGAUGGAGUUACUGUUCUGUGAAGUUAGUUGUUUGAGUUUAAUCAGAGUUUUCAGGUCGCGGUAUGGCUGCAGUCCUGUGUACAGUUUAACUAACUUAAGUCUAUGAUUUGCAUUUGAAGCCAGUACACUAGAUUGACAGUUGCCACUAGUAACCAGCAGACACUGCAGCCCUGGAGUACUGAAUCAGUUUUACUACUACAGUACUAGUGACUGACUUGGGGCCCCAUUGUGUUUUAGGAUGUAGCCAACUGUAAAAUAUCCUGCAAGGAAUUAUGAGUCUACUGUAUGUUAGUGGGAGUACAAAAAAGUAGUACCGGAGUGUUGAACUUUAUGUACAGUUUUAUUUUUUUCCCCAUUUGUAUGUUUUGUUGUUCAACUGUUUAUUAAAAGUAAGAGAAUUGCAAACAA